AUGUCUUCGAAAGUUAGUACAGAGGUAUGGAAGCCCGACUUGUUCAAGGGAAAGGUAGUGUUUGUCACUGGAGGUGCAGGAUCGAUUUGCAGAGUGCAAACUGAAGCAUUGGUGAUUCUCGGUGCCGAUGCUGCCAUUGUGGGAAGAAACCCAGCCAAGACAGAUGCCGCCGCUGUUGAAAUUGCAAAGCUUCGUCCAGGAGCAAAGGUAAUUCUGUGUUCCAAUACCGACGUGAGAGAUGUGAAGCUGAUUGCCAAAGCGGUUGAAAAAACUGUCAAUGAAUUGGGACGAAUUGAUUUCGUGAUUGCUGGUGCUGCUGGAAAUUUCCUCAGUGAUUUCAAUCACCUUUCGUCAAAUGCAUUCAAGUCAGUGGUGGACAUUGACUUGUUGGGCUCUUACAACACUGUCAAAGCCACUUUUGAGCAGCUCAGAAAGAACAAAGGUGCGGUUAUCUUUGUCAGUGCUACAUUGCACUACUAUGGUAUCCCAUUCCAAGUCCAUGUUGGUGCAGCCAAGGCUGGAGUGGAUGCUCUCUCCAAUGCAUUGGCUGUCGAAUUGGGACCAUUGGGUAUUCGGUGUAACUGUAUUGCUCCAGGAGGCAUUGAUGGUACCGAGGGAAUGCUGAGGUUAUUGAAAGACAAGCAAACGUUUAUCGAUAAGGUUCCACUUCAUAGAAUGGGGACCACGAAAGACAUUGCCGAUACUACAGUUUUCUUGUUUUCACCGGCUGCGUCAUAUAUUACAGGAACCGUUCUGGUUGUGGAUGGUGGUUCUUGGCACUUGGGAAGCAGUCACGGUGGUGAAGGUUACCCUGUUCUUAUCAAACAAAAGAACUCUGAAACAGUAACGAAGCUUUAG